AUGUCGACAAUUCCUCUCAUUGUUGAUGGACGAGAUGUCCUAUCGCCUGUCCAAGGCACCGUCGUCAACGAAUAUGCCCAGGAGCCCGUCCUCUACCAAAGCGCGACCAAGGAACUAGCCUUGCAAGCCGCACAGUCCAGCGCGCAGGCGUUUGCCAGUUGGUCCAAAACCACCCCGAUAGAGCGCCGGACCUUGCUAUUCAAGUUGGCCCAGGUUCUGCGCAAUCGAGCCAAGGAAAUCAAGCGCGUGUGUGAUGAAGAGAUCCAUUGUGGCCCCCGAUGGGCAGAGAUUAUCACCAACGACGCCAUCGGUCUAAUCGAGGAGUAUGGCGCCCUCACCACUAGUAUAGCCACGGGCUCACUGCCCUUUAUCCAACACGGUCAUGGGUUGGUGCUUAAAGAACCACUCGGAGUAGUGCUCGGGAUCGCUCCCUGGAACGCUCCCAUGAUCUUGGGCCUCCGUGCGGUGGUGGCUCCAAUCGCUGCAGGGAAUGUCGCCAUCCUGAAGGCAUGUGCCCUCCGCCAAGCGGAUGCGGAACGCGAGAUUGUCUCUGGACUGAAUAUUUCGCAGGGAUCCGAAUUGAGCCCCCAAACCCAUUACCUCGUCGCCUCGCUGUUUCAGGAAGCUGGUUUUCCCCCUGGCGUCCUGAACUUCCUCUUGUAUCGACCACAGGACGCGCCAGAUAUUUUCGAUGUGCUCAUCAACCACCCCGCCAUCAAGAAAUGCAACUUCACCGGGUCGACCCAGGUCGGGCGUAUCAUCGCCUCGCAAGCCGCCCUGGCCCUCAAGCCCGUGUUGUUAGAACUGGGUGGUAAGAACUUCGCCGUGGUACUCGAUGACGCCGACUUAGAUCUUGCAGCCCGAGAGAUCACUAAAGGCGCCUUUCUCAAUAACGGUCAAAUCUGCAUGUCGACCGACUUGGUCCUGGUCACGACCGCCGUGGCUUCGGCUCUCGAAGACAAGAUUCUGGCCAUCCUGCAGGAUAUUAAUACCCCCUCAGUGCUCAUCUCCCCGGCAGCCAAAUCCAAGGUCGAGAUGCUCGUAUCCGACGCGCACGAUAGGGGCGCUCAAAUCCAUGCACACCCCAUGGGGCACGACGCCUCGCCGCGGAGCUUCCCUCCCACAGUGGUAACGGGGUUGACGCCUGAGAUGAAGCUGUACGAAAUCGAGUCCUUCGCGCCGGUGGUAGGCAUCAUGGCGGUUGAGAGGGAAGAACAGUUUAUGGCCAUUAUCGAGGCGGCCAAGUACGGAUUGUCGAGCUCGAUAUUUUCCCGGAAUCACUACCGCUCCCUUGAUCUCGCUGGCACUAUCAAGGCGGGUGCGGUCCACAUUAAUUCCAUGACCGUGCAUGACGAGCCGACUCUGCCUCAUGGAGGCUAUGGGGAUAGUGGUUGGGGUCGGUUUGGCGCUCGCUGGGGGUUGGAGGAGUUCAUCCAGACGAAAAUCGUCACCCUGCAUCCAUAG